GGGUUAGGUUGAGCUGUGAGGUAGCAGCUGUAGGAGGGGAAGGAUGUGUCUUUAGAGGAAGAUGGAAGUUGUACGGAGUUAGUGCUGGUUUCGCUGUGUUUCGUUUCCUCCUUGGUGUCUUUAGGGUAAUUGGAAGCUAGCAGCCAUGGAGCAGCCGGCGCCUAAGAGCAAGCUUAAAAAGCUGAGUGAAGACAGCUUGACUAAACAGCCAGAAGAGGUCUUUGAUGUUUUAGAAAAGCUUGGCGAAGGCUCCUAUGGCAGCGUGUUUAAGGCCAUCCAUAAAGAAUCGGGGCAGGUAGUAGCGAUCAAGCAAGUUCCUGUUGAGUCCGACCUUCAGGAAAUUAUUAAAGAAAUUUCCAUCAUGCAGCAAUGUGACAGCCAUUAUGUCGUCAAGUAUUAUGGCAGCUACUUUAAAAACACUGACUUGUGGAUAGUAAUGGAGUAUUGUGGAGCUGGCUCUGUUUCUGACAUUAUACGCUUACGGAAUAAAACGUUAACAGAAGAAGAAAUUGCAACAAUACUGCGAUCCACAUUAAAAGGGCUUGAAUAUUUACAUUUUAUGAGAAAGAUCCACAGGGAUAUUAAAGCUGGAAACAUCCUGCUGAACACUGAAGGUCAUGCAAAACUGGCAGAUUUUGGAGUCGCUGGCCAGCUUACUGAUACAAUGGCAAAACGCAAUACUGUGAUUGGAACACCUUUCUGGAUGGCCCCUGAAGUAAUACAAGAAAUAGGCUACAAUUGUGUCGCUGAUAUUUGGUCUCUGGGCAUUACCUCUAUAGAAAUGGCAGAAGGGAAGCCGCCGUAUGCAGACAUACAUCCAAUGAGGGCAAUCUUCAUGAUCCCCACAAAUCCACCACCCACAUUCAGAAAACCUGAGCUUUGGUCAGAUGAAUUUACAGAUUUUGUAAAGAAAUGUUUGGUGAAAAAUCCAGAGCAGAGAGCGACAGCCACCCAACUCUUGCAGCACCCUUUUAUCAAGAAUGCUAAACCUGUGUCGAUUCUGCGAGACCUCAUCACUGAAGCAAUGGAUAUCAAGGCAAAAAGACAUGAAGAACAACAGAGAGAAUUAGAAGAGGAAGAUGAAAACUCGGAAGAAGAUGAGCUUGACUCUCACACGAUGGUGAAAACUAAUUCAGAGAGUGCGGGCACCAUGAGAGCUGCCAGCACAAUGAGUGAAGGAGCCCAAACAAUGAUUGAACAUAAUAGUACCAUGCUGGAAUCUGACUUAGGUACCAUGGUUAUAAACAGUGACGAUGAGGAAGAAGAGGAAGAAGAAGACGGAACCAUGAAAAGGAAUGCAACUUCUCCACAAGUGCCACGGCCAUCUUUUAUGGAUUAUUUUGACAAACAAGACUCGAAAAGCAAACCUCAUGAUAACUGCAAUCAGAAUCUGCACGAGCAGUACCACAUAUCGAAAAAUGUCUUUCCUGACAACUGGAAGGUUCCACCUGAUGGGGAUUUUGACUUUUUAAAAAAUUUAAGCUUUGAGGAGCUGCAGAUGAGACUGAAAGCUCUGGACCCCAUGAUGGAGCGAGAGAUCGAAGAACUGAGACAGAGGUACAAUGCAAAGAGGCAACCCAUCCUAGACGCAAUGGAUGCCAAGAAGAGGCGGCAGCAGAACUUCUAAUGGGCGCGUACAGACUCCAGCCCUUAUUUCCAUUUGGACACAUGCAAUUUCUUGGACUCCUGAAGGAAAAUGAUGUUCCCAUCACGCAGUUAUGUUAUUUUUUGCAUAUCCCAAUGACACAGUAGUUGAGAAAGCGACUUUAUAUUGCUCUGUUCAUUCUUUCCCAGUCCCGGUUCAACAUAAGCAGUGUUUGACUUGGUUGUAUUUUAGUUUGUCCUUGGUUAAGCUGCACUGGGCUAUGGAUUGGAGUAAGUGUCCUCAAGCGGGACUUGUUUUUAUCAUUUGCCUCUUUUGUUUUCCCCUCUGUUCUUUGCCGAACACUUUCUCUGGGCCAGUAAACAGUGUUGUCCCUCUGCUACCAAAGCUGAGAUUCAGCACUGUAUCCACUUAGCUUCAGGUAUCUGGAAAGUCCCAGAUUCAAUGCAUUUGGGGAAGAUUUAAACAAACCUCAUGGUCUAUUAACAUGCACAGCAAGCAUCUGAAGCCAGCUUCAAUAUACCUGUAGAUAUCUUUCAGGGACACGUGUAAAGCACCUUUGGUAAAUUGAAGUUUGCCUUAAAAUGACACAUAUCUAUUUAUUCAUUUGUGUUUCAUGACAUUGUGAUACGCAUUAAUGACCAAAACACAUUGUGUGCUUGCACUUCUAUGGACAUAAUUAAGGUUUCUUCUCAGAUAUGUCCGCGAUUGGUGUAUGUGUUUUUUACAGUUCCUAAUCUGUGAGGAAGGUUUGAUCACUUCACUAUUCUGUUACACAGCAUUCAAGCACCUUGGUGGCGUGACAGUUUUUAAGAUGAUGCUGAAGCAUGCAAGGUCCAACGGGUAGGGCGGCUAUUGGCAACAUAAUAGGGAGCUAUCCAGUAGCUACUUAAACAGGGAAUGGCAAAGAGAGUUGCCUGCUAGGCUGAGCCUAUGGGGGAGGCUACCCAGCAUGCCCCAUGCAGCAUAUUCAAUCUCUUAGCAUCCCUACCAGUUGAAGAUUAUUAGCUGGAAAACCUAACCCCAUUGUUUUAUGUAGACUAUUCUUUCUACGUGGGCAUAGAGUGAAACAUCUGGCUUUUAAGUGAACCAUUUAUACAUUUUAAUAUUUAUGACAUUGUAUCUAAAAUUUUAACUAAAAUCAUUGGCCAAGUUUUGCUCAGUGGGCUAAAGGCACCAUUCUGUACCUUUCGUUAGGAAUCAAGGACCUUUUUUUGAGUGGGUCUAUUGGUUCUUGAGCACACAGUGUCAGUAUGGAUGUUGCACAUUGGUUGGGCGCAUGACUUGGUGGGAGAAAUAUUAGUUACAGUAAUAAAGGGAUAUUGCCAUCACAUAACUGCCCACCUUUUACUCUGAUACCAUCUGAUAAUAAUUGCACAAGCUUUUGCAAUAUUCUGACUCUUUACCUUGCAUUAAAACAGUGACUGUCAAACUUUUUCAGUUAAGGCUGAUGCCACACGUGGCGUUUUUACGUUGCGUAUUUUCUCAGCCUAAAAACGCCGCACAAGCCACACAGCCCCUGACUAUGGCGUUUUUCAGCCUAGUACUGGUGACGUAGCAAAUCCCGUUUCCCAUGGUGCUAAUAGUGCGAAAUAGUAAAAAACGCCGCGUAUUUCCGCAAGGUCUGGCAUCUUCCUUUGUGUAUACAUAGGAAUAGGUUGCUGUGCAAAUAGUGGCGUAUGUCGGCAAACGCUUGAAAAAUCCGUGGUAAGGCCAUUCUCCACUAUUCUUUCUCCAGGCUGAGCCUCCUAGCAGCUUGCUCCAAGCCCCUCUGUUUGGGGACUGCAUUAGAGGUUCACUUUGCUUUUAUAUUCAUCUGAGUUUUCUAAUCUCCCUUAAUCUCAGUUAGCGUUAUGGCACCCUGGGUGUAUCCUGCAAUAGUGUAUUACAUCUGGUAGAGGAUGGUGAUGGAUCCAUACUAUGUAUGUUCCCGUAAGCUAUCAACCUUAAAUCAGCCAGUGGCUCUUCAAGAAAACAGCGUAGUUAAUGAACCAUUUAGUAAAUCCUUCCCUCCCCCAACUACACGUUCACACAAUAUUUCAAAUUCUUUUAAUGCAAAAGUGAACCCUUUUUGGUUCUGAUGACAGUAUCCCUUUCUUUGCUUGUUUUUCCAUAAAGCUUAGUGCUGGGGCGAUCAUUUACUUGCGAUGUCUUGAAAUUAGAUCACUCUGGGGACAUUUGCCUUAAUGAAGGUUUUAUUUUCUCAUUAGCCUAUACAAUAAGCUAUUUUUUAUUAUUUUAUUUGAGCUAAAUGAAAGUAUUUUUAAUCUGCUUUUACCCAUUAUCUCUAAUGGUUUUAUUUUUUGUGGGGGUGGCUGUGUGGGAGCAGGGUAGUAUUUAGGUGCUGUCCUAAGCAUCAGACCUCAGCCCCCUCCCUUCCUUCAGCUCCAGUUGUGCUGUGUGUGUGCAGAUUGCUGGAGAUAAAGGUACCCCCCCACAACCGUGCCACCAGGUUUAGCCACAAGUACAUGGGACCAGUUAUGCAGAAUGUUCGGGACCUGGGGUUUCAUUAUAUCUUAGUUGGGAUCAAAUACAAGGUACUGUUUUAUUAUUACAGAGAAAAUAGAAUCCAUUUUUAAAAAUUAGAAUGAUUUGUUUGUAAUGGAGUCCAUGGGAGAUGGCCUGUCCAUAAUUACGAACUUUCUGGAUAACGGGUUUCUGGAUAAUGGAUCCCAUACCUGUACCUAGUGGAGGACUAUGGCAAUUUGUUUUCCCUACCAUAACGGCAUCUGCCAAGGGCUGUGCACCUGAAGUUGCCAUAAGCAUGGGGCCUCAGGCCUGUAUGGUAAAUACCACCCUCUAUGGGACUAUUCUAUAUUGGUAUUAGACAAAAGCUAUCUCUGGGAAGUACCUGUGUCUCCCCCUUUCAUUCAAGGCUCUGACAGUUGGUGCCACUUACCUGGCUUAUAUGUUGUGGGUAGUCCUAAGAGAUGUGGUAUCUAUGCCUUAAGGCUUCUGAAAAAAUAAUUCAAAUAAUUUCUGUUAAAUGACCCUAUAGCACAGGGGUCCCCAACUUUGUCUCUGUGCUUCCAAAACUUGCUUCUAAGCCAAGAAUUCAAAAAUAAGCACCUACUUUGAGGCCCCUGGGAGCAACAUCCAAGGAGGUGACAUUUGCCCCCGAGCCACUGGUUGGGGUCACUGCUAUUGGAGAUGGCCUUUGCAUAUUUCCAAGCUUUCUGGGUUUGAGGAUAAGAGAUCCCACAUCUGUACAGAAUAUACAAGAGCACCCAUUGGUCCAUUUGUUUUCUCCAGACUGAGAGUAGAGUUGUCUGUGCCUGACUGGGCAACAAGAACUAACAGGUUUGUACGUCCCUGACUUUUAAGGGCAGCGCAUUUUAAGCACCCAGGGCAAGGGGGAGCAGUGUAUGGGAAGAACUAUUCUAUAACAUACCAAAAGUUAAAGG